UAGUGGCAGUCAGUUCGUAUCGGAACUCGGAACAUACCCUUUUUAGUAUGGCAUCGGCCAGCACGUUGCGAUGUGGUCUCGUGAUAUAUUUGUCAUGAUCUGUCAUGAUUAAUUCGCUGCCAGGCGCAACAAAAUGUCAUUCGUCGACUGGAUUAUCUGAAGAGGUCUUUCCGAGGAAGCUGACAAGAUUCCCCUCGACGCGGCAUGGCUCACUUGAAUAAUAUAUUGAAAGCAGUGGAAACGUUAAACGCUCUACGAGACUCUGAUGUCUCGUCGGAUCCCGGGGCGAGGAAGGAGAAGACAUCGUGUUGCACCAUCAUCGUUGAGGGGAUAUGUUCGCCAACUGUCAGACAGAAUCCCAAGUUUCCACAAAUUCUUGCCGCUACCAUUGAAACAUUGCUGGCUUUGUGCAAUGACAGCGAGUCGAAUGUCAGGAUGGUCGCUGAUGAAUCUCUUAAUAAAAUUAUAAGGGCAAUGGUUGACAGUAACAUCGUUAAGAUCCAGAUAGAGCUUUACAAUGAAAUAAAGAGAAACGGACCUGCGCGUAUAUUAAGAGCUGCUCUUUGGAGAUUCGGCUUACUAAGUCAUAUGAUACGUCCCUCGAGGGGCAAAGCUUAUGUAUCGAAUCUGAUACCGUGUAUAGUAAUCAUUGCGCAUAGAUCUGAAGAUAUUGUGAUUGAAACAUUAUCACAGUCGUUACCAUUAAUUUUUAAAGUGUUAGGACCUUUUAUGACAGACAAGGAUGUCAAGAACUUGCUAAAAGUAUUCUUUGAAAACAUUUCCUCUCCUCAAGCAGCGUUUCGCAGAGCAGCGGCAAAUAUGAUCUUGACAACGUGUAUAAAUUGUAGAAAGCCACAGUUCUUUCUAAAUUAUGUCUUAAAUUAUCUAUUAGAUAUAAUGAUGUCAACGAGAAACGCCGAAGAUUACCCAUCUACUAUCAUAGGCGGAUUUGGCUGUUUAAGAGUGAUUUUACCAUACAUAUGUAAACCCUUGGAGCCUCAAGAUGUUGACAUACAACAGAUAGAUAAUCUAUUACACAUUUAUGAAUUAUGUUUGCAUUACACAAAAUGGCACUCUGAUCAUAAUGUUAUAAAUGCAGCUUUAGAGACACUGGCGCAACUUUUAAGAAUGCCUCCAAAGCCAUUGGUAUCCGUUUUAUUGUCUUCAGAAGGCAUAACUCAAAGCAGGAUAAUAAUAAAUCAAAAUGCAUGCGCUCCUUCACUGGGUCAAAUGAGUAUUUCUAGUGGGAGUAUCGCUUACGGCGGAAAUUCCGAUUCCAUCUUAAACUUGAUACACGAACCUGAUGUUCCAGAGAUUACUCCAAAUAUAGAAAAAUGGAUUGCAGAUACGGAAACGAGUUUGCCAGCCGCGUGUAAUCCGCAAACGCAAAAUGAAUGUGCAGCCAGCGAUGCGGCAGAGAUAAAAGAGAAGAUAUCGGAAAGUUAUUGCGGUCUGAAAAUCGGGACUAUUAAUAAUGAUGAAGUUGCGGAAGGAGGCAGCGAUAUCGAGAGCGAAAUUGAAAAAUCUGAGAGAACGCCGUAUCCAAGCUUACAAAGUGAACGGUCGAAGGAGGAAGAUUAUUCCGAAGAGGCCACUCUGUCCUUUACCUCCCCAAAGAAAUCUUCUUUGGACUUUGCAUUAUACGAAGCGGAUAUCGGAAGUUUUACAGACUCGGAUAUGCCUGUCAAAUUCUGCUGCCGUUACCUGGUGUCGUCUUUCUUGCUGGCGGGGAAACCCGGGCAUUUAGUAUCGGACAAGUUGUUUCGUGUCAGCGUCAAGUCUCUCGCUUUAACAUGCGUGGGUUACAUCUUGAAGCUUUACCCGCAUUUGUUUACAAUGACUGUGGCCAAAGAGUCAAGCUGCAAUGAGACAAAUCAAUUGAUUGCAGACAUUUUGCUGUUUGCCAAUCAUUCAGAUCCCCAGAUCAGGGGCAACGUAGCGAUGAUGAUUGGAAUCUUUUUGAAGUCUGUAUUUGUCCAGUACGGCGGUUCCUUCCAGAAUUUUGAAGCGGAAUGUUCGAUUCAGAAAGGACAUAAAAGUACAUCAUUGGAAGAUUUGAUAAAGUUACUUUUAAAUGGCUUGAAUGAUGAUUCUGCAACAACUUGCCGUCAAACACUGGAUGCAUUGAACCUCUGCUUGUCAGAGUUACUGGAUUCCGUCAGCAAUGAACAUGCUCUUGCAAUUCUGACUGUAUUGCCAAAGCUUAUAAAAAAUCCAUACUUUUUGGUAAAAGUAAAAUUAGUUGACUUGUUGAGUAAACUGUCUUAUAUUACGAUAGAACACAUAACGGAGCAAUCGUUAUUCCAAGAGCACUUUAUCGAUGUUAUAAUAGCGUUAUUAGGCGACCAAGACCAGAGGGUGAGACACGCCGCGUCGAAUGCCAUUGUUAAGAGUAUCCCUUGUUUAUAUUUCCGACAUCCUCAAGAGGAUACUGUUACGAGAAAAGCUACGCAAUACACUCAGGAGUUUUUAAACACCGUAACAUCAAGUAUCUCGGAACUGUCGUCUUAUCAAGAUAAACAUAAGCCAUUCGUGAACACUUCUGUCAAGCCCUUUGUAUUUCUGAAUCACUAUAACGACGUAAAUUACGACUCCAGGGUGGAAUAUUCUCUCUCUCGUAUAGUUAAUAUUUUAACGGAGAUAUUGACGGUGCAUUCUUCGAAAUAUCUCAUUUACGGAUGCUGCGAAACCCUCUUCCGCUUGAGCGAGACUUACCCGACCACGGUUUACGCGAGAGGAUGGGAUUGUAUUCUAACAAAGACACUACCGAAGAGAUCUAAAAAGGGUAGCGACCGAUCAGACACGAGCGACGUCAGUUUUGCGAAUGAGAUGAUCUCGUCUCCAGUAAGCAACGGUCUCUUAUCAUUGACGUUGCCCUUGUUAACGUCAUCGACCAUUAGCUUGGAUCUGUCCACCCAUCGACAUCUGAUCCUUCUUGCCGGCAAUCUAGCUUCCGGAUUGGCCGUCUGCAAUUUUAAAUCCGGCAGUGAUCCGACGAAACUGUGGAACAUGUGCAAGGACAGGUACAUGGAAUUGCUAUUAACGCACAUCAUGAGAGUUCUCAAUAUCUUCGUUCAUGUCGUCGACGACGUGCAACUGGUACAGACCAGUACCAAGCCCGUAUUUUCAUCUUUAUCGUCCACGCAAACGUUGUCGCCCAAAAGGAAAACUGUAUCUGAGCAAAAAUCGAAGGAGAGGGGAGAGAAGAUCACCUUGCGAAUCGGGAAAGAGCAUAUGGGGACGUUCAUUGGUGUACCUCAUUACAUGAGAAUAUACGACAUUCUGAAAGCGGCGCAUUCUAAUUAUUUAGUCACUCUUCAGCACGAAGCCAGCGAAAUGUACGUUUCUCUGUUGAACGCGAUGCUGGACGUUCUCUCUCAGAUCCUCGAGAUCGCGUCUGUCACAGAGGCGGGUAAAAUAGCGGAGGAGGUAUUGUAUUACCUGAAAACCACCGUCGUUUUGUCGCCAACGGCAACGGUUCGAUGCGUCCAGCAGUUGUUGAAGUGUUUAUUCGGUACAAACGUGUGCGCCCAAUGGAGCGAGCUGGACGUACAAAAGAGUAUGGAUCGAUGUGGUACGCUGCGAGAUGACAUCGGAGGCUUUUACAAUCAGUGUUUUCAGUAUCCUGCCAGGCAAAUGGCGAACACGAUCAAAUGCAUCGGGAAUAAUUGCAGAGGUGAAAACGAGCCGGAUACUGGGUGGAUAGGAUUGUUGCGCAGGAAGGGCGAUCGGAAAUUUUCGUCAGUCUUUAAAACCUUAGCGCGAUCCUCGGAUCAAAAGACAUCGGUGGCAUCAUUUAUCCGGCUCUUCGAGCCGAUGGUUAUAAAGUCUUUGAAACAAUACACUGUCACGAGUAACAUCGCGUUGCAAUGCCAAGUUCUAAUGCUGCUGAGUCAACUGGUGCAACUCAAGGUCAACUACUGCCUGUUAGAUUCCGACAAAAUAUUCAUUGGAUUCGUGUUGAAGCAGUUUGAAUUUAUCGAAGAGGGUCACGUACAGCAGACGGAGGAUCUUCUGCCGAGGAUAUUCAAUUUCUUGGUACAUUUAUCUUACGAGAAAAAUCACUCGAAAGCGAUAAUAGGCAUACCAAAGAUAAUUCAAUUAUGUGACGGUCUGAUGGCAAGCGGACAGCCAGCCAUCACGCAUUGUAUACCUGCGCUCGCGCCGGUUAUCGAAGAUAUAUUCCUUAUUCGCAACGGAAGCUCGAGCUUAAUCGAGCAGCGGGAAUUGGAAACAACGAGAGACGUGCUGAUAGCCAUGCUGCUACGUCUAGUGGAGUAUCACGAGGUAGUCGAGCUUUUGGCGUUGUGUUUGGCCGAGUCCAGAUUCAGCGGUGACGGAAACGGCGAGGAGAAAUGGCGAAGGUGGUCCAGACUGACUAUGGACACUGUGCUUCCGAUAUUGGCGGCUGGAAAACUCAGGAUAGAAUCCGAAAGGGCGCACGUCGCGCUGGUGAAGCUAUUUGCGGCUGUCUCGCCAACUGUUUUCCGACCUGUGGAUCCUCUCCUGAAGAUACUGUUCACUGUAUCGAUAUCCACAACAGCUUCUAGUCUGAAACUCAAGCGAUGGUUGGGCAUGAUUAACGUCGUACUGCUCUCGUUGAUCUCCUGCGCGAAAGAAGAGGCUAUGCUAGCACGUCUUUUGGAUCUUAACGUGGGCAUAACAGAUGUGUCGCAUCUGUUCUCGCCACAUCAAUGCUCUGAUUCCUCCUCCUCUUCCCACGAGUGUUCCACGGAUCCUUUGAACGCCUUGAGUAUCCAGUCUCGUCAAGUGCCACCCGAACAUAUAUUAGCUAAAUUUAUAUUCAAAGUAAUCAAUCUGAUAAGCGCAAAGGUAUUCAAUCUGCUCGGAUUGAUAAACCACAAGUCCGCGGAUCCUUUCGUCGGUUUCUCCGAUUACACAGCGGACGACAAUUACAUGGUGCAUCAGUUCGCGUUCUUCCUGCAAUUAUGCAUUCACAUGUUCGAGUCUGGCAGCCAUUGCAAAGUGGCGAAUGCGACAAUGCAAAUGAUUCAAGGACGCAACAUAUCCGACGAGGAGAAGUUGCUCGUCGAUGAUUUAAACUGCUUGAUGCUCGGCAUUGGGAAUGUCUGCCCGACAGUGACGUGCCAAUGGGCCUAUUUGAUGAUUCUGUUGGGGUACAACGAGAUGUCCUUCUGGUCAAAGGUGCUGGGCACCAACGAGAGCGCCGAUUACAUCGUCGUGCAUCCUCGGCCGAGCGAGAAGACGCGCGAUUGCAUUAACGGUAUAAACAUCCAGAUUGUCAGGAGAGGAGGAAUCAUAUUAUUCUGCGACUACAUAUGCGAGAAUCUCAAUGACGUGGAGCCACUGACGUGGCUGUUGGUCAAUCAUAUAGAAGAAGCGGUAGAUAUUGCCGUCGAGUCUCCAGUGAGAGAUCUGCUAACCACAGCCAUACACAGGAACCCGGCAGCCAGCGGAUUGUUAGUGCAAGCGAUAGCAACGAAAUGUACGGAUCUAUCGCGACCCAGUUUCAUAAAGCGUCUGCUACAGUGCAUCGAGGGCGCGCAUCAUUCGCAGAGCGGCGCGGUUAUAAUGACCCUGAUACCGCGACUCUUAUCCACCAAGUAUCUCGCUUUGUCGAGAAUAGCUGCGAAAAUUGCCAGCCGCAGAGUGGAAAUAUUGUUGACCACAGGCGCGGAAGACGUGAUUGAUCAACUGUCGAAAGACGAUCUCGUGAAGAUUAUGGACACCUUGCAGACUACCAAGUUGGCCAAGAAACAUGGCGGCCUGGUCAGCCUGUUGAAUAAGCUGGCCGUGCAAUAUUACGAUCUAUCGCCGUUGGAGCUCGACCAGUGCAGACCGUUCAAUCCGUCUACCGUGAAGAAUAUUCAGUUGGAUCGAAAUUGGUUUCUGUCGCAGGUGAGAUUAAGAUGCUGCCACGCCAGUGCCGGUAACAAUCCUAUGGAAUUGGCGCAGUUACUCAAGGACUUGGAUUUCGAUGACUGUCUGAGCAUUCUCUCUUGUAAGGAGUUUAAUCUGAAAAUUUUGAAACACUGUAUAAUAUUGGGUGCCAGACUCAGCGUCCAGAAGUGUCAAGAGUUGGAAUUCGGGCAGGCGCAAUGCGAGAAGGAUUUUCAUUUUAACGCGAGUCCCCUGUACGUCGCUGCCAAGCAGUGUCUGCUGGAGCACAUUCAUUAUAUCUGCGAACUUGUGCCGAGGCCGCAUCAGAUCUACAACCCAGAACCGGAAGGAAAUAGCAAGGAAUUGAAGUACGCCGCUAGAUUUUCCGAACUGCUGAGCGACACUCUGUAUUGGGAGAUCCUGUUCACGAUAAUCCCGACCGUCAAGAUCUACAUGAAGACGUUACCGAAAUUGGCCAAAUACAACGUAGCAAAGAUCGACGUGAGAUUCGAAGAGGACAUCGCCAAGUUUUCCAUGUUAUGCCUUGAGCUGGCGCAUUGGAUGAUCCACUCCGAUGUACGGAACAUUCAUAGAUUGAGGCCACACGACAUGGACCUCGCGCUGAGCUGCGCAGCCGAGAUCCUGAGACAUGCCGCUCCGAGUAAAAUCUUCGGGGACAGCGCGCGUUACACCUGGGUCUGUUCCGCGGCAAUCUCUUUGACGAGAGUCGUGGAGAGUGUAUUGACGACAAUGGAACCUUUACCGCUUGUGGACUCGCAGGCCUUAGAACCGGCUCUUCGAGACGACGACACCAAGGAUUACGCUCGAGCGUGCAUCCAGAUGGCAUCGAUAGUCGCUUGGCUCGAGAAGCGUCAGGUGGAAGGCUUCUCCACGAGGGACAUCCCGCCGUAUUUGUUCAGCACAAUAAAAUCGCUCGUCGUUAGCGUGAGUCGGCAACCGCUGGUCAACUCUUACAUCUUGACACCACCGUUGGUGUGGAAACGCGGCUCGGGUCACACUGUCGGCUCAGGCCCCACCAAGUGCUACUUUCCACUAUUGUCAUCCGAAUCCAAUCUUCUACAAGAGGUGGAUAUUCUCGAGCAAUUCAUUUACCGAGUAAAUUUACUGGGCUGGAUCUCGAGGUCGCAGUUCGAAGAGAUCUGGAUGGCGUUCUUGAGCGUCCUUAACUUUCCGCAGAACGAAAACACGUCCAAGGAGGACGUGGCAGCCUUGAUCCAAGCGAGUGGCUUGGCGGUUCAGGCGAUAACGAGACUGCUGUUGCAGACGUUGCUGCUGCCGUGUCCCGGCAAUCCUGAUGCUAGCGUUUUGAUUCAUCAUCCGAGAGACCCGCAGCUCUCCGUUCACAAAAUCAGUUCUCAGAAGCUGUACGCCAUACAGGAGUUGCUCUUGUGGAAGUACGAGUACAUGAAUGACGCGGGAGGUAAGAAUAGUCUGAGAAUAGAGCACAUAUUUCGCAGGGGAAACUUGGAGAGAACCGCAAUGACAUCCGACAGAUUUACGUACAGCCAACUAUCGGUCUCCUACUUGUGGUCCUUGUGCAAUUUGUACGAGGACAAGUUGAACGCUUCCGUCCUCGACUUGAGGAACAGGAGAAACGAUGCGCUGAUGUCCGCGUCGCUCGAUCUAGAUUCGUGUCUGCGUUUCUUGAUUGAGCAUUACACUAUCUGGAUGUCGCCGCAGGCUAAAACACCAGUACAAUUAUUGACGGAGAUCGUGAAGUCCAUUCUGGCGAUCUCGGAACUCUUUUUAGAGAGAUCGCAAUAUCAAUGGAUGUUGGACGUGUGUCUGGAAGUCUCGAGGAUACAUCCGACAGAAAAUGCGAUUCUACAUCAAUAUCUGGUUAUUUCUACGUGUAAAGCUGCUGCCGUUUUGACGCCACUCGAUUUGGAUACCUUGGAUAAGGUGAGGCGCAUAGUGGAUGUUAAUUUAAAGUCCGGAUUCUUAGCCUCCAGAGUUUCCGCACUUCACGGCUCUCUAUAUCUGCUGCAAAGCGCGGUACUCACCAAAUGCGAGGAAACGAUGAACAUUAUACAUCCUCUAGCUAUCGAAUAUAUACAGAAGCACAUUGACUCGCAAGAUUCAAAUAACAUUUCAAGUCAGAGCGAGGAGCAUCAGGGAAUAAUGUGGGCUCUGGUGUUCUUUCUACUGGAACACGCGGAGGAUACCCCACCAGAUGCGGAAGCACCGGCUGUGUUGGAAUUAGUCCUUUCUCUAGUCACAUCUCAGAAUCUCUCUUACGGUUUACAUCAAAUGCUGCUGCAGGGUCUCGAGAGACUCGUGGCAACGAAGAGCGUAGUUGGCAAAGUCGCUGAGCAGAUUGUUAAGAUUGCAAUAGACCGGCUGAAGCAACCGAGUCCAUUGCUGGCGCUACCAGCACUGCAACUUCUGCUAACAUGCAUGUACACGGAAGCGGCUGACCGAUUGAAUCGCCCCGGUGUCGAGGAACCGUUGCCGGAUGUGGAGCCGGAGACACUGGUCCGAUCCAUAGAGCGUAUAUCCGCGAUAUUCGACAAGAUCCGCAAAGGUUAUCCCAUGGAAGUAGAGGUGUUGUGCACGGUUCUGUCAAGCGUUCUUGGUGACUUUUUCCCGCCAUCGGAGAUCUUGACGAAGGUCAUAGGAGAAUUUCUAUCUCCACAGCAACCACAUCCGAGAUUACUCUCUGCCGUUGUCUUUAAAGUUUGUGAGAAAGCAUGUACCUGCACGGAAAUGGAGCUCCUUCAAGAUUGGGUGGUAUUCAGUUUACCGAAUUUCAUUCAGAGCUUGCCAAUGGCAAUGUCGACUUGGUGUUUGUCCUGUUUCUUUAUAAGCGCAUCGACGAAUCAUUGGUUGAGAGCUUUAUUUCCAUACGUUCAAUCGAGAAUAGGAAAGUACGAGUAUGAAGAUAAGAAAAUGUUGUGUAUAGCCGCUUCAGACUUUUACCAUAAGCUAUCUAAGGAAUCGCAAAAAAAGGCGUUUGUUGAGACUUUCGAAGCAGCUGCUAAGGAACCUGGGACCCCGUUCAGUGAUAUUCUAGCAUCUUUUUAAUUGAUAUUGACCAUAGUGUUGAGAGAAAUAUUCUACGAUAUUAAAUUCAUACUGUAAAAAAUUAAUAUAUGCAAUGACUUGUGCGGUGUAUACGUGUAUACGCACGCACGCACGUGUACAUUUGUA